GCUCCGGGUAAAAUGGUUCCGUUAGCGCUGCGUAAACAAUAACAGUCAAAGUGGCGGUGUGCUCACUUUUAAACGGUUCAUGUCGUUAAAAUACACUUAUAGGCCUCAAAUGAUUUAACUAGAAUAUAGUUUCAAGUCGCUGGUUGCGGUGAGCUUUGGGCGGAUGGAUACGAGCAGCACAAAGAAAAUGAGGCCCAGGGAGCUGCCGCCGCUUCCAAAGCGAGGACAGCGAGCUCUUCCCACGAUGCAGAGUCAAGACCCAACUGGAGACGUUCCAGCAUUAAAACACAAGAAGAAAAGGGUGAGAAAGGAGGCGAAUGGAGUCGAUGAUAUGGACGAUCAGGGGAUGGAGAUGGGAGGCGUCGGCAGCCGGAGGGCGUCCGAGAUCGGAGAGAACCUGAUGCUGGAAGCCUCGACGGACGCACCGCCGCAGAGGAGGAAGAAGAAGAAGAAAACCGCCACGACAGAUGAUGACGAUCAAGCCGACCUGGUGAACGGAGACACACCGGAUCAGACCACCGACGGAGAGGAAGUGACCAAAAAACCCAGAAAGAAAAAGAAGUCAAAAGUCGUGGAGUCGCAGCUUCCCGAUGAGCUGGACGUAGAAGAAGACGACAUCAUCACGGACACGCCUCCUCCCAUCCCCCAGCAUUCCCUGUUCUCAGCCCCGCAGGGUCAGAGCCAGCCGGUCGGGAAGGUCUUUGUAGAAAGAAACAAGCGUUUCCAGGCUGCAGAGCGCUCAGACUGGAGGAAAACCAGCGACCAGAUGGACAACAUGACCGACUUCCAGCACAUACAGCCGCUGUGGACGACCAGAGACGUUUCUGUCAGAGUGCACGAAGGCUUCAGGGUGUUCGGUCUGUACUGCCACGGCUUCCUGGCGGGCUACGCCGUGUGGAACGUGGUGGUGGUCUACAUGCUGGCCGGGCAGCACCUCACCGCUCUGUCCAACCUGCUGCAGCAGUACCACGGCCUGGCAUACCCGUCGCAGUCGCUGCUCUACAUGCUGCUGGCCAUCAGCACCGUGGCCGCCUUCGACAGGGUGAAUCUGGCCAAAGGCUCGGUGGCCUUGCGGGAGUUCAUCACGCUCGACCCGGUGGCGCUCGCUUCCUUCUUGUAUUUCUCAGCGCUGGUCCUCUCUCUGAGCCAGCAGAUGACCAGCGACAGAAUCAACCUGUACCCGUCCUCCAACACCACAUUAUGGCCUCCGGGCUCGGAGCACCAGAUCCUGCACCCGUGGGUGACCAUCAACCUGGUGGUGGCGCUGCUGGUGGGCCUGGCCUGGAUCUUCAUCGCCACCAGACCAGAGACGGACUACACAGAGGGGUACCUCAUGGCCAUGGAGAUCGAGCCUCCGAAGCUGGAGGACAAAUCAGAAAUGAGCGCCUGAGAGAAAGAGGAGAUCUUCUCUGGGACUCGUCGUCACUUUGCAAAUUUUUCUUUGCAUCAUAUUUAACCUGUGAAUGUUUUAUAGAUUAUUUUUGUAUUUUUGAAAUGUGCUCGUCUCUUUUUAAAUACAGGGUUUCAACAAAUCCAA